AUGCCAGCACACAAAUAUGUCUGUGCAAACACGCCUGCUGCUGUUCAAGGGAAAUGGUUUCCAGCAGAGCUCAGCAUGGCUCCACGUUUCCAUGGAGAGCCCCGGGGUGGGCGCUGCCAAGAGUCGCACGAAUUCGCCGCUUGCUCCCGGUCCAUGGGAGUGGAACAAAGGGGAUGCACCGAGCCGGGCUCGCCGUCGCCCCCCGCCUCUCUCGGGACAUGGAGGCCCUGCAGGUCGCCCUCGACGAUGUCGCUGUCUGUGCGCCCGCAGCGCCGCGCCCUGGUGCCCAGGAUCAGUAGGAGCCAUUCCUUCGCCGGAGUCAACUGCGCCCCCGAGCGGCCGCUCAGGAACCUCUCACCCUUCACCCCCACUGUGUCCCGCAAGGCUGGCUCCAGGGUCAGUAGGAUGUUCUCCAUGUCCCACAAGUCCCCACCCCCCAAGGUGCCUCAGCCCAACCGCCUGGACGAGGUCUACGAAGCGCUCAAGAAGGGCCUGACAGCCUACCUGGAGGUGCACCAGCUGGAACUGGAGAAGCUCAGCACCCAGAUCCGUGAGUCCAAGCGGAACUCGCGCCUGGGCUUUCUCUACGACCUGGACAAGCAAGUGAAGUCCAUCGAGCGCUUCCUGCGGCGCCUGGAGUUCCAUGCCAGCAAGAUCGAUGAGCUGUACGAGGCCUACUGCAUCCAACGGCGGCUGCGGGACGGUGCCCACAACAUGGUUCGGGCAUACAGCAGUGGCUCCCCAGGCAGCCGUGAGGCGCGAGACAGCCUGGCCGAGGCCAGUCGCGGCUACAAGGAGUACACAGAGAACAUGUGUGUGCUGGAGAGCGAGCUGGAGAGCCAGCUGGGCGAGUUCCACGUGCGCAUGAAAGGACUGGCAGGCUUUGCCCGGCUCUGUGCUGGUGACCAGUAUGAGAUCUUCAUGAAGUACGGGCGGCAGCGGUGGAAGCUGCGUGGCCGCAUCGAGGUGAACAGCAAGCAGGUGUGGGACAGCGAGGAGAUGGUUUUCCUGCCCCUCAUCACCGAGUUCCUCUCCAUCAAGGUGACGGAGCUCAAGAGCCUGGCCAACCACGUUGUGGUGGGCAACGUGUCCUGUGAGACCAAGGACCUCUUUGCAGCCCUGCCCCAGGUUGUAGCUGUGGAUAUCAAUGACCUGGGCACCCUCAAACUCAGCCUGGAGGUGACCUGGAACCCCUUCGACAAGGACGACCAGCCCUCGGCGGCCAGCUCGGUCAACAAGGCCUGCACGGUGAGCAAGAGGUUCUCCACCUACAACCAGAGUCCCCCGGACACGCCCUCGCUGCGGGAGCAGGCGUUCUACAGCCCGGGGCGGGCAUCUGACAAGCGUGGGUGGUCCCUGGUGGACAUCUGUCGGGAGACACUCUUGGAGAAGCUGUCUCAGAGCUGCUCCUGCGGAGACGUCUCCUCGGCCGAGCUCGGGAGGUGGCCGCGGCAGGGCCGCAACAUGCUGCGGCGCCAGGAGGAGCUGGAGAACGGCACGGCCUGGUCCAUCUCCUCCGAGUCCUCUGACGACUCCUCCAGCCCGCAGCUGUCGGGCGGUGCCCGCCACACCACGCACAGGCCCAUCGUGCAGCCCGAGCUGCAGGCCUCCGCCCCCGCCAUCGACAUCUCCUUCUCCCAGCAGCCGGAGGAGCCCGGCCCCGCCACCGGCAGCAGUGCUGCCCCCCAACCUGGGUGCCAGCCCGAAGAGCUGGAGCCCCUGCGGAAGGAGGCAGUGGCCAACGGGCACGUGCCCUACUGCCGGACUCUCAGCCACAUCAGCGAGGCCAGCGUGGAUGCCAGCACGGAGGCCAAGGCUGUGGAGGGCCCCUGGGAGGCCGCACCCAGCCCAGAGGACACAGGAGUGGCCGAGCAGGACACGGACACCCUCCCCAGUGCCUCGGCGGCAGGCACCACAGCAGGGCAGGACAGAGGGGCUGAGGCCAAGCCUCGAGCUGCCGCGGCCUGGGCCAUGGAGGAGGGGGAGGUGGCUGAGCCAGCACAGAGCCGGGCACCGGCACAGGGUGGCUGUGGCACUGCAGACCCCGUGGCACUGGCACGAGCCCCCACGGAGGAGAGGCCGAUCCUUGCCCUACCAUUGCCUGCCAGCGUCCCCGAGGUGCCGCGGGUGAAGGUGGUGGACUCAGGUCUGGAGGAGGCCAUCAGUCUCCUGGGCUCAGCCCUGGACGACUACCGGGGGCAGUUCCCAGAGCUGCAGCCUCUGGAACGAGAGCUCAAGCACCUGGAGGAGAUGCUGCUGCACAAGCAGGGCAUCUUCCUCAGCCGCGCCUCCAGCAUCAGCCUGACAGUGGAGCAUGCCCUGGAGAGCUUCAGCUUCCUCAACACCUCUGACAUGGAGGACUCGGAGGGAUCCGAGGAGGAGCCUCCCCAAGAGGAGAGGAGGGCUGGCAGGCCCCAGCGAGGCAACAGAGCCCCCAGUGCUGGGGAGGCCAGGGUGGAGGACACUGGCAUGGGCAGUGGCUCUGAGGCCAGCACCGACCCUGUGAGCACCGGCAAUGAGUUCCUGGAUAAGGCCCUGGUGCUGCACCUGAACAGCUGCAAUCGCCUGCUGCUGAAGCUGGGCACCUUCGGUCCUCUGCGGUGCCAGGAGAUGUAUGCCCUGGACAGGCUGCUCCGGGAGGUGCAGGUGCUGGAAGUGGUGUGCCAGCUGCUGGCCGAGCACGCCGGCUCUGCCAGCUCUGCUGCUGAUGUGGUGCAGUUCUCGACGCACAAGGAGGGAGUCCUGUCCCUGUGGGACCGCUGCGUGGAGGUGCCCAAUAUCUACACCUGUCCUGUGGAGCGCUUCCUGCAGGUGCUCAGCACCCAGUACGCAGCACCCAUCAGUGAGCGGCACCCCGGCCUGGCUGAUGCUGUGUGCGUGAAGCUGGUGGAGGACAUCCUGAACCGGCGGCUGCCACGCCGGCCUGGCAGUGCCCAGGGUGAGCAGGUCACCGUCUUCCAGUAUUGGAGCCACUUCGAGUCACUCGGUGCCCUGGUGCUGGACACCUACAUGAUGGAGCUGGCAGAGGAAGCGCUGCUGGCGCAGAACCUCAACUCGGAUGAGCAGGACGUGGUGCUGCGUGCCCUGAAGCGUGUGCCCGAGGGCCGCCUGAAGAAGGAGGCCCUGAAGGCCCUGAGCCUGCUCCUGGUGGAGGGCAACAGCAAGGUGGUGAGCGCCGUGUCCGCACAGCUGCGCAGCCUGGCAGAGUGCCCUCGCUUCCGCCAGCGGGCUCUUGUGUGCUACCUGGAGCAGCUGGAGGAUGAGGAGGUGCAGACGCGGGUGGCAGGGUGCGCGGCACUGGGCUGCCUGAAGGCCAAGGAGAGCAUCGAGCAGCUGCUUUACCUGUGCCAAACCGACAAGGAGCCUGUGCGGGAGGCAGCCAAGCAGAGCCUGAUGCUGUGUGGGGAGGACGGCAAAUCGGCUCACCGCCGGCUGGAGGAGACCCUGGACAGCCUCCCGCGCAUCUUCGCCCCAGCCAGCAUGGCCAGCACAGCUUUCUGA